AUGUCUGCUUACGGGGUCAUCAGCAGAGCGCAGAGGACCUCUUAUUUGCCCGCUACAUUAUGGGACAAUCCUCGGGUAGACCCAGAUCCCGGGGCCCAAUUCUUCGUGACUGUACAUCACAUCGAUCGGUCCGCGGUGGAGCGCGACCAAACCGGUCUAUUUAACUACCUCCACUCCAUCUUUGCAAAUGAAGUCGAUGGGGGCCAGACGUAUCCGCAAGAAGAUAUCCGCGAUCCCGCAGCGUUCGGACUAUACUUCUUCGGCGGAGACGUGCUUGUUGCGAUCGCUGGCAAAGGAGAUCCGCCAGCGAUUGAGAGCGAGCAGCGCGGCGUGCGGGAGAUCCAGCUGAGUCUGGAUGGUGCAAGGGAUGGGCGGAUGUGGGAGGCGUGCGUUGCAGGGUUUUACUAUGUAAAACCCAACUACCCUGGGCGAUCUUCGCAUAUCUGUAAUGCAGGAUUUAUUGUCCCCCCUUCCCAACGUGGCAGUGGUUAUGGGCGUGUGCUUGCUAAAUCAUAUCUGCACUAUGCACCGGCGCUGGGGUACAAGGCCAGCGUGUUUAACCUAGUGUAUAAUAAUAACGCCGCCAGCAUUAGGUUGUGGGAGACACUGAACUUUACCAAGGCUGGUCUCAUACCUAAGGCUGGUCGCUUGAGGCGGAAGGACGGAGAGGGCGAGGAAUAUGUUGAUGCAAUCGUCUUCUAUAAGAGCUUCGAAGAAACAUAGGACCGAAAGACGCGAUCAGUGAUCAGAUAUCAAUAUCAGUCCAACUGCACAUAUGUGCACUGGUCGUCAAGUAAAUGACACACAGAACACCGAUGGAAAUAUGAAAAAGCUUCAACAGUCGAAGACACCUGAUACGGUGUUCAUAAGGCCUAGGCACCGCAACAACAA